AUGAUUCCAUUAGUAGAUGUAAUUCUUAAAUAUGCCAAAGAAAAUCAGGAUGAAGCGUGGAGACAAAUAGAAGAAGCAUUCCUGUAUAUAAAAGAGAGAACACUAGCCGCCCUUGAGGUGGUCGAGGCGGCCCGCUACAACUACCAUCCGAUCCCGUAUCUGGGUCUGUACCCGAGCGCCGAGGCCCACUAUCAGCCCGUCUACUUGCCCUCCAUGUCACUCUACCAUCCAGUCAACACGUUGCUGACCACCGACCUGAGUACCUGUACUUCGCCCCCCUCCAACUCUCCGCCCCUGGCCAACAGCACCCCAAUCAGCACUGGCAGCAGAGCGUGA